UUGUAUUUGGUUCUCAAUGGCUGGUAAAGCCAAGCGACAAGCACAAGAUAGACCGAGAUAAAUUGUGGCGUUUGGGAAAAAUUGUGCCUUGAACACUCGUAGCCGUUUGAACGCGCUGACAUUGUAAGAAAUAUUCAAUGAUGAAGUACGAGAAAAAUAUUACGAGGUCAAGGGUCAUGCACUGCUUUUGCAUCGUUUUGCAUCCAUUUAUACAGCAAUUUGCAAGUAGAGGACUGCGGCAAUAAUGUUGCACUGAAAACUACCCAAAAGCAUGUCAUUCUUCAGCUGCAAUUUCGAAGGUGAUAAAAUACCUGAUUUUCUGUCAUGGAAAAUUGGCGAAAAGCCAGAUGGGGUGAAAGUCCAAACUGGAAGUCUACAGAUUGAACCAAACUAUAAAACAGACUUUUGGAGAAACACCUAUUAUGAACCUGUAUUACAAGCAUACAAUGGUCAUGUUCUUGGUCUGGGAAUGUCCGAACAAAACUUUGUUGCAGAAACCAGAUUUGCCUUUAAUGCAUCGAUCAAAUUUGACCACGCUGGUAUUUUUAUUGGAGUGGAUCACACCACAUGGUUGAAAGCUGGUGUUGAACUUGUGGACGGCAAGACAUGGCAAAGUGUUGUUGUAACAAGAAAUGAUUACUCUGAUUGGUCAAAAGCAAGGUUACCAUGGCCCGAUAAUACUGAUAUCUGCCUUAAAGUAUAUAGGCAGGGAUGCAGCUAUGUUAUUGAAGUAAGUGACAAUGACGGAAAGAGUUAUGAUUUUGUUCGGAUUGCCCAUAUGCCUACCACAGGUCCAGUUACAGCUGGAAUAAUGUGUUGUCGACCAUCAUCAGUUGAAGGUGCAGGAGCUGGCAUUGCACCCAAAGGAGUUUGUGUCGAUUUUAAAUACUUUAAUAUACUUGAAAACAAAGGUUACGAUCAUUCAGCUUAAUGCAAUAUCUAAAUGCAUGUGAGAAAUUGCUGAAAUAUGUUAAUACUACAAUGUAUUUCUAACAUUGAUUCUUUUAUUGUCUACAUAUCCUGGGUAACUUGUAUUGGAAAUGAUCUGAGAACACUCAUGGUAAUUAAUAUGUAAUUUUUGUUUUGGCGAUUUAUUUUUCUCAUAGGGUGCAAAGCAGUUUUUAAAUUUGCUGCACGAAAGUCAUAUUCAAUUCAGCUAAAUUAUGAAGAUUCUCGGUGGCAAUUAUGUAUUCCUAAAACUUACAGUCUUAUUUUUCAAUCUACGGAAUGCCCACUAUGAAGCGUCCGACUGCCGUCUGGGUCGGACCUGUUUUUCGCUGCUCGAUCUGUAUAGUGUGCGUGCAUUGUAGAAAUUUUAGUUUAAAGAUCUUCAGCCCAAAUAAAUGGAUUGAAACUGGUAAAUUGAUGAUGUCUCAUGCAUUCUAUGAUACCUGGAUACAAAAAUUGGUGCUGAAAGAAAUAUUUGGUGAUAAAGUGCUAAUUUUUUGGUAAAGACUGGAGGUUAACGGAACACAAGUUUGCUUCUGGAAUUACAAAGGUGACGGUGUAGGAUUAUCAACUUAUUAGAUGUUCCCGGGGACAGAUAUAUCAGAAUACUUCAUAAUCACAUGUGUACUAAUUUUCUCCACAAUGACUUUGAUAACAGACUAAAUGAGCAUUUGAACGAUCUGAUAUAACCAUACCAAUUAUAAUGUUUUUACAUAUUCAUUUCAUGGCGUAUUAUUGUUUUUGUUUUGUGUGUUUUAAUUGUUUUUAAGAACAUUGGCUUCAUUGAUUACAUGAGCCUACAUAUUUACGAAUGAUUAGUCAGUUAGUGUUUUCAUAAUUGCCUGAGCGCAGAAUUUACCAGCAUUGUUUUGAUUUGUUUGUAUGUAAAUUGAUUCACUGUAUCACAUUUUCACCAAUGCCAAAUCAAUCAAGUUUUCAUGGUUUUUUGACCCUUCUCGCCACCUUAUCACAUUACACCUACACACGUUGUGUCUUUGUAUCAGUCCUUAUUGGCUUGAGUAUUUUAAAAGUAUACAACAGCCCGAAAGAUUAUUACAUUUGCGUAUUUUUGUGUGUGUUUAGUUUUGGCCCAAGCCUUGUUUAACAAGAUUUGUGUUUUUUGUUGUGAAUGCGUGUUGGUGAGCGGGAACAUGAUACUCAUCAUGUUUUAAACUUUUUUAAAAAUUUUGCUCGCUAUUCAAAAAUCUCCAUUUUUAAUUUUUUUUGUAUUAUCAUAUUGUGGAGUUUUUUAAUUAACUAUCUAUCAUUUAGUAAUUCCUUUAUUAUUAAUUUUUACCAAUGGUGCUGAUCAAUAUAUUUUUACAAAACAC